AUGCAGCGGGUGAGGAUCUCGUCCCACUCCCCCGUUCAGAAGCUCGGAGACUCCCAGAUGUCAUCGUCUCCCAAAUUCAAGCUAGCAACGGCCACACGGAGGCUCACGCCCCCCGAGCCACCGUCCUCCAUGGAAUCAGCGCAGCUCAUACCGGGGCUUCCCGACGACGUCGCCCUCAACUGCCUGCUGCGGCUGCCGGUGGGGACUCACCCGAGCUGCAGCUCCGUCUGCCGGAGUUGGCGCCAAUUGCUCGGCAACAAGGAGCGGUUCUUCUCCCAGAGGAAGCGCUUGGGCUUCUCCAGUCCGUGGCUCUUCGUCCUGGCCUUCGACAGGUGCACGGGGAAGAUACGGUGGCAGGUCCUCGACCUCACCCUUCUCUCCUGGCACACCAUCGCUGACAUGCCCUGCAGAGACCGCCUCUCCCCUCACGGUAUCCGGUGCAUCGCCGUCCCCGACGAGGCUGCGCUACUCGUCUGCGGCGGCACGGUAGCCGGCAUGGACUGCCCUCUAGACACGGUAGUCAGGUUCGAUUUGCAGAGGGACCGCUGGACAACCAUGAGCAGGAUGCUCACCCCGAGAUCGUUCUUCGCCGGUGGCCUGAUCGGCGGGCUUGUAUACGCGGCCGGCGGGAGCAGCACCAACUUCGCCGAGCUCAACUCGGCGGAGGUUCUCGACCCUGGCAGGGGGGAGUGGCGGCCCGUGGCGAGCAUGUCCUCUAGCAUGAUAGCUUUUGAUUCCGCUGUGCUCGACGGAAAACUCCUGAUGACGGAAGGCUGGGUCUGGCCCUUCGUCUUUUCGCCGAGAGGCCAGUCGUACGACCCCAGAGCCGACGUGUGGGAGCCCAUGGCCCCCGGGCUCCGAGAAGGCUGGACUGGUGCGAGCGUGGUGGUCGGAGGCCAUCUGUUUGUGAUCUGCGAGCACGAGAGCUUGAGGAUGAAGUUCUACGACAGGGAAUCAGAUUCAUGGGAGACCGUCGACGGAUCGCCGGUGCCGAAGAAGAUCGCAAAGCCGUUCUCCGUCAACGCCGGAGACCACAAGAUUUGCGUCGUCGGCCGGGACCUUCACGCCGCCGUGGGGCACGUCCGCAGGACGGAUCUCCAGGCGCCGGAGGAGGGGAAGGAGAGGAAGAAGGCGAGUUUCUCCGUCCGAUGGCAGAUUGUCGACUCGCCGGAAACCCUGCGAGGUGUGACGCCGUCGAGCGCUCUGGUUCUCUACGGUUAA